GGGGGGCGAGGGAGAUAAAAAAGACCAGUAGGGAGAAGGAGAGUGAGUAUCUGAGAAAGAGACAGGGAGAGAAAGAAAGAAAGAGAAGGAGAAAGGCUGAGGUGGAUAGAGAGAAAGAAAGCUUCCUUAACAGUAGUAGAGUCAGAGGAAAACCCAAAAUCUUGAAGGAACCUCAACUGAACACUGGACUUGCCUCUUGCUCGGCCAUGAAGUGAAUAGUAAUCUGAAUAUUACUGUACAACUGAGAGAGAGAGAGAGAGAGAGAGAGAGAGAGGAGAGAGGGAGAGAGAGAGACACACACACACACUGAACAGCAUGCAGACAGUGUAAACAGGAAGGUAAGGACACGGCGUUGUGCUGAAGACCCAGGGGAAUCUCAGGUGAAGACUGAACACUGAUCCCCAGGCCUGUAGAGGCAGGGGCCGCUGCUAAGGACCAGCUGACAGUACUGGAGCACGGAAACCACCGGAAGACAGAGCCGGCUUAUUCAUUUGCUCUCAGUCCCCUGCUCCCCUCUUCUCUCCUCUCCUCUCUUCUUUCCCCCUACUACCCUCUUCUCUUUUCCCCUCUCAUCUUUCCCCUAUCCUCUCCUCUUCAUUCCUCUGCUCGCCUCUUUUCCCCUCUGCUCUCCUCUUUUCCCCUCUCCUCUCCUCUUGUCCCCUCCGCUCCAGUCCUCCUCUAGCCCACGUGUCUCCCUCAGCCACGUGCCACUUGUGCGUACCCUGUGAAACUCCCAUCAUGCACCGGGGGACCGCUCUACUGCCCGUGCUUCUGGUGCUGCUGCUCUGUUCCUGCUCUGCUGAUGAGACGCAGGGAGAGAGCCCUGCUUUCAGCAACAACACACCGGACAUUUCGUCAGACACAGACCUGGUUAACCCUCGGAGCUCCUGGCUCGUGUUCAAGCGGAACUCCAACAAGGGGGACAACAAGAAAACCAAGCCUCCCAAAAAGACCUCCAAGCAUGGCUUCCCUGGCCCCCCAGGUCCGCCGGGCCCCCAGGGGCCCCCCGGCCCCCCUGCCCCCUCAGCUAUGGAGCCAGACGACCUGCUGAAGGAGUUCCGCCUCAGGCUGAAAGAGGUGGCAGACACCGGCGGUCCGCUGGAGAGUGCUGCACAGUGCCAGGUGUGUAAACAGCUCCCCCAUGUGGACACGGCCUUCCACUGCCGCCUGCAGAGCGAUCUUCCCAUCCCCCGACGCAGCCUGCAGGAGCUGCAGCCCUUCAGUGUGCCCGCAGAUUCAGAGCUGCAGUUCCAGAGAGGACAGGACUUCAACAGGAGCAGUGGCCGCUACACAGCGCCCGUUUCUGGGUUUUACCAGCUCACCGCCAGCCUGCUCAUAGAACCCAGCGACACACAGCGCAGGUCUGCUGCCCGACAACGGGACUGUGUGACAGUCUCCAUCUGCAUCGAGUCCCUGUGUCACAGCAACAUGUCCCUGGUAGCCAUGGCAGGAGUUGGAGACUCGGGGGGUGUUUUCAGCAUCCUGGUGACUGGCACACUGUUCCUGCAGGUGGGCGAGUAUGCGUCUGUCUUUAUUGACAACGGGACAGGAUCAGCACUCAAAGUCCAGAAGGGCACUCUCUUCUCAGGAAUCCUACUGGGUGUCUGAAUCAAUCAACAGAGCAACACACACAAACACACACACAAAUAAGCACACACACACACAUACAAAAACAAGCACACACACACACACACACACACACAUAUAAACAUACACACACACAAACACCUCCACAGAUGUGAACUGAUUGGAGAGCAGCCUUAUUAUUGGAAUAUAUGACACCAUCGGGCAGCUGCAGCUGUGACAAUGCAGAGAGGACUUGGAGGACUGCCCAUUGUUGUUUCCAUGGAAACCCCCCCCCCCCCCCCCCCAACAGCCGGAGUAACAGAUUGAGUGUAAAUAGAUGGGAAUGGCUUCAGAGUGUGUGUAUAUAGAGAUGUAUUUUUACAGUUCUACCAACCACAAUUUUAAUAAGCAUAUCAAACAAAAUAAAGCUGUCAUAUUUAUUUUCAGGAAAUAUUCUCACACACACAAAUAUCACAUUUAAGUAUAAUAAUAAAUUGUGAAAUUCUAAGAAGAA